AGUGCGGGAUGGUUCCACCGAAAAUCAACCUAAAAAUUGAAAAACGUUUAAAUUUCUGCUGUGUACAGAAAGUGGAGACAACUAGCGAAUUAAAAACUUUUUGACGAAUAAUCUCGCUUGGCAUGAAGGUGAAACGCAAACACAGAUUGGAUAAAAUCACACCUCACAACGACUUUGGGAAGUUUUAUCAGAUUGAUGUAAAAAGAAGUUCAGAUUGUUGCUUGCCAUGUGUCACGUGAUGUGAACUGCGUGUGCCGCCUCCACUGCCUCCAUCGCUACUGCCGCCACUGCCGCCGCCGCCGUGUGAAAACAGUGCGUCCGAACGCGUCCGCAGACAACGACGCGCGUCCACGCGAAUCUCACGAAUUGUGAACAACGCGACAAUUAAAAUUAUCAUUUCAAUAAUUAAAUACAAAACAAUUUAAAUUAAAAUUACUCUGCUGAAUUAUCUUAAAGUAAAUUCAUAAAAAUAUAAAAAAAUAAAAUUUUUGUUAUUUUAUUUUCGUUUUUCGUAUUGCAAGCACGUUUACACGAAAAAAAUUACCAUUUCGUGCGGAAUGUAAAGUUUAAGGACGGGCAGCAAGUGUAAAGUUGUGAACGUGGUAGUAAAUAAAAUCGCUACAAUCUGUUGACGGUUUUUUUCUCUUCAUAAAUCUUUCACUUGCAUCAACAACGAAAAUUUCAACCGGAAUAAAUCAUGAGCGGAAGAGAUCGAAGACGAAUCUCAUCGAAACUUGGAAAAUAUUGGCACCUACAUCUGUAGAGAAUAUUUUCGGUUAGAAAAAAUCACAUCAGGAAAACAACAAAUAUUCAAACAUGGAAAUCGACAAAGUGCGUGCGUGAAAAUGUGAAUGGUGUUGAUUUUGCUGGAAUACGAGAAUACGAUAAUCUAACAAUGGAAUCACGAUGAAAACCCACACGCAAAACUAACCUCAAUCCUCUGCCGCUUCUACGAUUCAACAUGGCUGACAACGUCACGUACACCUACUGUAAUCUAACCCACUUCGCCAGCACAUACAAAGGUCUACAUGGAUACCUUAGUGUUCUGGUGUGUAUCUUCGGAUCAGUCACAAACGUAUUCAACAUUUGCGUGUUGACGACCCGAGAGAUGCGAUGGCCGACGAAUUUGAUCCUCACCGGACUUGCCGUUACGGAUUUGUUGGUUAUGUUGGAAUAUAUCCCAUUCCUCAGUCAUUAUUACCUCGCACCUAAUGCGAAACAAAUGCAGAGUCACUACAGUUACUCCUGGGCGUUGUUCAUGAUCUUCCACGUGAUGUUCACACAAAUCUGUCAUUUUAUUUCGUGUUGCCUCACGGUGAUACUCGCCAUCUGGCGGUACAUAGCGAUAUCAAAAGCGCAUAAUGACGCGUUACGACGUACAGUUACCAGUAUCCCGCGUACACUCCUCACCAUUUUCCUAACCUAUCUUCUCUGUCCAUUGAUUUGUUUACCAGUGUUCAUCACACACAAUAUAAAGAUUCAUAAUAAAUCAGUGCGUGACGAUGGACAAUUCAUCUCGGAUAAAUCCUUGGAAAACACAACGGAUUACCAACAAGUGCAGGUGUAUACGAUCUCAAUCGAGGGAAAUUUUCAAAGUGUUACGUUUUUCAUGUAUGGAGUUGUAAUUAAACUAGUGCCGUGUAUAUUACUGACAAUACUAUCGAUUAAAAUCAUCGGAGUGUUGAUGGAGACUAAAAAACGAAGAAGAUUGUUGUUUAUUAAUUGUGGGGUGCCAUUGGUGUCGGUUGAGAAUGACUGUGGGGGCGCUGGUGGUUGUGCAGGGAGUUUGACCAAUACAAAUUUACAGCAGAAACGACACAUUGAGAAGGAGCAUCAGACCGACCGGACAACACGGAUGUUGCUAAUAGUGUUAUUGCUGUUUCUCAUCACGGAGUUCCCGCAGGCCAUCUUGGGAUUAAUGAUUGUUAUCUAUGAUGAUCCUUUGUUUGCUAAACAAUGCUACUAUCCACUAGGUGAUUUAAUGGACUUUCUGGCACUGACGAAUUCAGCGAUCAACUUUGUCCUCUACUGCUCGAUGUCACGCCAGUUUCGGUCGGCGUUCGGCGAAAUCUUCAAGCUGAAAGUGUGCGAGCCCUGCGUGCGGCUGCCGAACAACCCUCCCACGGAAUUUAAUAAUGGCGGCACAACGCAAGUGACGCUCGUGUAAUAUCUACUCUUCUACUCGUGUUGAGAUGGUGUUUAGUUUGCGUCCUGCUGGCACGCUGCCCACGGCGAACAUUUUUCUACGCACAAAGGCGUUAUCUUUUUUUUUUGUUCGCUAGGGAACAAAAAAAACACGAAAAACGUAAAAAAUGGUUUUCACAGUGUUUAUUUACUGUUGUAGGUUGAGUUAACGUAAAUUACGAUUGAGAUUUAUCAACAUCACCAUACUACACACUGAAGCAAUUAAAAUUAUGCUCGUGAGCAAACUUUAUCUAUUAAAACUCUUCCUCAAGAACCAAACGAGCGAAAAUAUGAAAUACUCAUUUAGUAUUCAACACUAAUCUUGUGUUGGGAGUUAUUUUCAACUUUUAUUAGUUUAAAAGUGAAAACAAAAAGUCAAACAAUUAAAAAAAUAAGAAACAUGUAAGAUAAUAGUGUUUAAUACUAAUAAUAUUAAUAAUAUAUAAUUAUUUUAUAAUAAAAUGGUAAUAAUGUGUGCUAAUAACACUAAAAUGAAAAUUGAAACGAAAAAAUGUGAUUUUUUACUUUUUACUGUUUAAUUUCUACUUAAAACUUAAAUAUUUAUGUACAUAAACCAUUUAUAAGACUUGUUGAUAAAAUAUUCAAUAUUAAACAAAUACGUAUAUUGUAUCAAAUAUUUAUCGAAAUCACUGAAGGUCGUUUAAUGUGUUUUUAAUGUUUUUUGUCUCCGCAUUGUUGUAAACAGAUUAAACGACCUUUCUAUGACAAAAAAAACUAUAUAAAACAUUGAAAUAUAUAAAGAACAUUACAGUAAUCCUUAAAAUUACAUCCUUUGAGCCCGGAUUAUAAUUUUAAGGAUUAUAAAUGCUAAAAAUGUAAAAUUUAUUUAAAAAUAUAUAAAAUGCGUAUUGUAUUGUAUUGUAACAUGUUUAUUGUUAUUUUUAUGCGUGAUAAAUUAAAAGCAAGCUGUAAAUUGAUGAUGAUAUAUGAAUUACAUUUUUCAAAUGCAAAAAUAAAUAUUUUCUGAUAA